UGCCGAUUCACUGAUCAGCCCGUACGCGGCGGUUUAACAAGGACGUAUACCGCGUAGUUAAGUUCAUAUGUGUAUGUAUCGAUCGCUUGAAUAUUGUUUUUGGGUCCUGACCUGUUCGUCUACAAACUUAAAUUCUCGCUGACUUUCUACCGUUGUUAAGGAGCCGUAACCCUGGUGUACCGUAAAACAACCUGUUUCUUGGGAAAGAAGUGAAGGUUCCUGAGUCAUGGCAGUUCUCGGGAAUUACUGCGACCCCCGCACCUCGCUUGCACAGGCCUGGGUGCAGGGCGGCUUCUCCCCCUGCUUCUACGCAACCUUGGUCCCUACCGUACUCCUGACCUUCUCAUUGUUCUUUGGGACAUUCCAUUGGGUUUGCUACCAGCACUAUGGCACAGCGAUGGAGCCCAAGUUUGUGCCACGCUCACGCCUUUACAGACUGCAGCAGGGCCUGUCCGUGCUGCUCUUGCUCCAGUUCCUGGUGGGCAUGAUCUGGAGGGCAGAACAGGGCACUGAGCUUCAUGGCCAUGUGCUGGUCUAUGGCUGUCUCUCUGCACUGGGCUGGGCUUGUGCCAUUGCCCUGCUGCACUUGGAGCGCCGGCGGGUCCUGGUACAAGACCGAACUCGAGGACACAGCGCAGUUCUUCUGCUCUUUUGGGCCCUAGCCUUCUCGGCCGAGAACCUUGCUUUUGUCUCUUGGUACAGCCCCCUCUGGUGGUGGGGUCUUGAAUCUACAGAUCAGCAGGUGGAAUUUGCGCUCUGGAUGGUCCGUUAUCUUGGCACAGGGGCACUGUUUCUCCUGGGCUUGAAGGCUCCAGGUUUACCAAAGAGGCCAUAUAUGCUCCUCAUCAACGAGGAUGAACGUGACCUGGAGCAUGGACAGCUGCUUUUAGGGGGCUCUCCACAGUCCCAGUCCACCUGGCAGGGUUUCCGCAAGAAGUUUGGUCUGCUGCUGCCGUACAUGUGGCCCCGGGGCAGUGUCUUCCUGCAGGCGCUCGUUCUGUUCUGCGUCUGUUUGCUAGGUGUAGAGCGGGCAAUUAAUGUCUUCGUGCCCAUCUACUACAAGAACAUUGUCAACGAGCUGUCGGACGGCAGCAGCUGGAAGACCUUGACCACAACCGUUUGUAUCUACGUUCUGCUGAAGUUCUUGCAGGGAGGUGGAGCCGGAGCCUCUGGGUUUGUCAGCAACCUGCGGUCCUUCCUAUGGAUCCGGGUGCAGCAGUACAGUAGCCGCGUGGUGCAGGUGCGUCUCUUUGCACACCUGCACUCUCUGUCCCUGCGGUGGCACCUGGGCCGACGCACCGGCGACGUCCUGCGCAGUGUUGACCGCGGAGCUUCCUCCAUUGACAGCCUGCUCAGCUAUAUCGCCUUCAGCAUCUUCCCUACUAUUGCGGACAUCGUCAUCGCCAUUAUCUACUUCAUCUCCUACUUCAGUGCCUGGUUUGGCCUCAUCGUCUUCGUCUGCAUGUUCCUCUACCUCACUCUCACCGUGAUCAUCACCGAGUGGAGGACCAAGUAUCGUCGGGACAUGAAUGCCCAGGACAACGCCGCCAAGUCCAAAGCGGUGGACUCGUUGCUCAACUUUGAGACGGUUAAAUAUUACAAUGCUGAGAGCUAUGAGGUCGGCUGCUUCGAGGAGGCCGUCCUGAAGUAUCAGUCGUCAGAAUGGAAGACAAACGCUUCCCUGGCCUUACUCAACCAGACGCAGAACGUGAUCAUCGGCGCCGGUCUGCUCGCUGGCUCUCUCCUCUGCGCUUACUUUGUUUCAGAGAAAAAAUUCCAGGUUGGCGAUUACAUCCUCUUUGCAACGUAUAUCAUCCAGUUGUACACGCCACUCAAUUGGUUUGGAACCUAUUACAGGGUGAUCCAGAGGUCCUUCAUUGACAUGGAAAGCAUGUUCAAACUCUUUGAGGAAGAGGAGGAAGUGAAGGACGACAUCAAUGCUGGAAACCUCCAGUUCAAGGCUGGGAAGGUGGAGUUUGAGAACGUCCAUUUCAGUUACGUUGAUGGGAAGGAGAUCCUCAAGGACAUCUCAUUCACUGUGAUGCCUGGGCAGACUGUAGCUCUGGUUGGCCAGUCAGGCUCGGGGAAAAGCACCAUCAUCCGCCUGCUCUUCCGCUUCUACAGUGUCCAGGGAGGCUGCAUCCGCAUCGACGGCCAAGACAUCUCAAAGGUGAGGCUACUUAUGGGAAGAUAUGACACUCAGGUCGGCGAGAGAGGACUGAAGCUGAGUGGGGGGGAGAAGCAGAGGGUGGCCAUUGCCCGAACCAUCCUCAAAGCCCCGCAGAUCAUUCUCCUAGACGAGGCCACAUCCUCCUUGGACACCAAGACGGAGCGCAACAUCCAGGCCUCUCUGGCUAAGGUUUGCGCCAACAGGACCACUAUCGUGGUGGCACACAGGCUGUCGACCAUCAUUGCUGCGGACCAGAUCCUGGUCCUGCACGACGGCGCGAUCGCAGAGCGCGGCAGACACGAGGACCUGCUGGACAAGGGCGGCCUGUAUGCUGACAUGUGGCUGAAGCAGCAGCAGGCCCAGGACUCCGACUCUGCCUCCGACUCGGAGACCAAGGACCAGCAGACGGAGAAGCUGCAGCCUGUCACCGGCCACAGCAGUCACUGACACCACUUGGGCUUGACUUUGGGGGGUCAGGGGUCACGAGAGAGGGCAGGGCCCAGAGGCAGGCUUGUAAGGACGAGCCUCAGACUGUGUGUGUGUGUGUGUGUGUUUUAAAAUACAGUAGAAGGGGAAAAAUGUUAAGCUAUUUACUGAUGUACACUUUUUCUUGGUGUUCUUUAAUUGAUACUUAGAUACUUUCAUGUUGCACUAAGCCAGUGUUUUUUUUAUAUACGAAACAUUUUUUUUCUGCUUCAGUAGGUGGUCUCACUUUCUUAUUGGGGUCGUCUGUGAUAGUACAGUUUGAUCAGGGAUGGAGGCUCCUAGAUUUGGAAUUUCUAGUCUUGUUCGAGGUCACUGCACUGCACUAAUUACUAGUAAUACAGGCUCUCCCCAGGUUACAAACAAGAUUCAUACCCUAAGUCUGUCUUUAAGUCGAAUUUGUAGAUAAGUCUGAAAAAAGUAAUACAGUACAUAAAAAUAAUUAUACAAUAGUAAUUAAAGUAACUACAUACGGUACUGUACUGUACCUUGAGCUGAUGAACCACUGAUUGUUUUCACGAUUGUCAGAAAGCAGUGUGUGGUUUCGUUAUUACAAACCAUUGUAUUUAACCUGAAUUUUGAAUACAAUAGGCUUUAUGGCAGUCUGCUUGUAAGUACAAGUUGUCUGUAAGUCAGACGUUCUUAAGCGGUGGACUGCCUGUGCUAUUAUUUACCCCAGCAAAUGAAAGCCGUAUUUGACCAAUUAGAAUUGUUUGCUGCCUUUUAUCCCAUUUGAGAUUAAAGGCCAAAUGAGGUUUUAAAGAUGCUGCUUGAUGUGUGAGAUCUGGGGACUCCGGGGCCGUUUAGGGCAUUCCGCACGUCCACGCUUAGCCGGUCUCUGCCGUUAGCCCUCUGUCUGCAGGGGUCUGCAUCCACACCCAACACAUAAUUAGGGCAAUUUACUUUUCUCCUGGUUAAUCUUAAUCCUGUUUAAAAACAAAUGAGAACCCAACCUCUUAAGCAAUUAGGCAAGUUGGCUGGGGUAUUGUAUGUUUUUUUGUGUGUGUAUAAGUGCAUUAUAUUUAAUAUUUAUACCUUACAAAAUGUAUUGGUCAGUAAUGCAGAAAGGCACAUUUUUAAGGAGCACAUAUAUUAGGGAUGACUAUGUUAACGACCAAAGUCUCUGGUCUUUUUUUGUAUCCUAAAUCAUUCGAAAAAUAUUUGUAUAAAUUAUGUAUCAUAUAUGGCUUGAGCUAUUAUACGUGCAGAAGUCCUCCUGGAUCUUCACCGUGACCUUUUGCUCUCCUUUUGAUGUAGCCCAGUGUUUCCCAGUCCGGUCCUCGGGGACCCACAGACACACCGUGUUUUUGCUUCCUACCAGGAGCAAAAAUGUGGACAGUCUGGCAGAGCUCAGAGGAGUGUGCGGCUCUGAGGACCGGAUUGAGAAACACUGCUCUAUCCAGCUAGUAGAAGCUAAUGGAUGCAGCACACGUGUAAAAAGUGAAAGGACUUUUUUAUUGUAUAAUUUGAAGAAUUUCCACUUUCAGCAAUAAUGGAAAAUGUAACAUUGUAUAAUCCUCCUGUAACUACCGGCAGAAUUAUGCCCCAGUGACCAUGGUAUUUCAAAGGCCUUUAACCAUAAAGGGAAAUGUAACAGGUACCAUCCACUGCAUUUCCCUGUGUGUACACCUGUCAUCGCUUCACCAACAUAAGCUGGACUGUACUAAGAUCAUAUAGAUCAUUUUGUUGAUAGCUGUAAUCACUAUACUUUUUACUUAAUUACUGCUGUUUCAUUAGUAUUGUGGAGUUGAAAGGGGUAUGACUGCUGUAGAAUCUCUUCAGAGGGAUGUUAGUUAUCCUGAUGUCAAAAUAAGUAGCAUUCACGAGUAAAUGGAAGUUUUGGUAUGUAUUUGCUUUUAGUACUCAGGUUAAGUGUGGCAUGUGGACAUGAGGUCGGAAACGCUGCAGCGUAGAAAUUUUAAUCCCAAAGAGCGCUGCAGAGGAUCCUUGACGAGCAUUUUGUGCACUGACAUAACAGAAAGAUGACUGAUCAUCCCCUGGCAUGGUGCAGGCGUGUAAUGGUGACAUGCAACGGAAACGUCACGGGGAGGAGUAAUUAAAGGGAGCAGCGGACAGUACAACCAUGGAGGCGAUUCCCUGAGGGAGAUCCGGCUGGCAGGAUCCUCAGGGCUGUAACACCUGGCUGCAGCACAUAGACGGCCAUUUCCGGAGGGUGGGACUGGACUGUGUAUGUGCCUGGGAGUUGCUGGGCGGGAUGCCGAGGAGAUUCGCUGCGUGAUGGGUACAGCUACGCGCUGUACCAGUGCAUGUGGGCACGGCUACGCGCUGUACCAGUGCAUGUGGGCACGGCUACGCGCUGUACCAGU